CUAGAACUAGAAGGAGUGUGAGAGUGUCAUUCCUGGAUCGUCCUUUGCUCUCUCUGUGUUAGGGUUUGCUCCGUUCAUCGAAAUUCAGUUCCUCCAUAGCUUCUUUCUUUCGCUUCCGCAAAGGAUUUUCUCUGAGCAGGAGCCAUGUCUUCAUCUUAUCUUCCUGCCACAACAGAAUCAGUUGCUUUGGCAUUGGAGGCCAAAGACCCAUCUGAGGGCAUUUCCAUUCUUUACCGUGUGCUUGAAGAUCCUUCUUCUUCACCCGAAGCCUUGCGUAUGAAAGAGCAAGCCAUCACAAACCUCACUGAUCUUCUCAGGCAAGAGAAUAGGGGAGAGGAUCUGCGCAGCCUUCUCACUCAAUUGAGGCCCUUUUUCUCCUUGAUUCCUAAGGCCAAAACUGCAAAGAUUGUUAGGGGAAUAAUUGACUCUGUUGCUAAAAUACCAGGGUCAUCUGAUCUACAAAUUGCACUCUGCAAAGAAAUGGUGCAGUGGACCCGUGCUGAAAAGCGUACCUUUUUGAGGCAGCGAGUUGAGGCAAGGCUUGCAGCACUUCUGAUGGAAACUAAGGAGUAUUCAGAAGCUUUGACUCUUCUUUCUGGGUUGGUCAAAGAGGUUCGGAGACUAGAUGACAAGCUGCUUCUUGUAGACAUAGACUUGCUGGAAAGCAAGCUACACUUCUCAUUAAGAAACCUUCCGAAGGCAAAAGCUGCUCUCACUGCUGCAAGAACAGCUGCAAAUGCUAUUUAUGUGCCUCCAGCUCAACAAGGUGCAAUUGAUCUCCAGAGUGGAAUACUUCAUGCUGAGGAGAAGGAUUACAAAACAGCAUACAGUUAUUUCUUUGAAGCUUUUGAGUCCUUCAACGCUCUUGAAGACCCCAAGGCUGUUUUUAGCUUAAAAUACAUGUUGCUGUGUAAGAUCAUGGUGAAUCAAGCUGACGAUGUGGGCGGAAUUAUUUCAUCGAAAGCAGGCCUGCAAUAUGUUGGACCUGAUUUGGAUGCGAUGAAAGCUGUUGCUGAUGCUCAUUCCAAGCGAUCCCUCAAGUUAUUCGAAACCGCUUUGCGUGACUACAAGGCGCAGUUGGAGGAAGAUCCAAUUGUUCACAGGCACCUGCAGUCCCUUUAUGGUACCCUUAUGGAACAGAAUCUUUGCAGAUUGAUUGAGCCAUUCUCAAGGGUUGAGAUUGCACACAUUGCUGAGCUUAUUGAACUUCCCAUUGAUCAUGUGGAGAGGAAGUUGUCUCAGAUGAUUCUGGACAAGAAGUUUGCUGGAACAUUGGAUCAAGGUGCUGGAUGCCUCAUCAUAUUUGAUGAUCCCAAGACUGAUGCUAUAUAUCCUGCAACUUUGGAGACCAUUUCAAAUAUUGGGAAGGUCGUGGACAGUCUUUAUGUUAGGUCUGCCAAGAUAAUGGCAUGAGCUCUUUGGUUAUUUUACUCCAUUGCCAUUGUUGCUGUUUUUCUCAAUGACUAUAUUAGCUUAUCAUUUGUUUCCUUUCUUUUGUUAAACUCAAAUUGUGAAAUUCUCUUCUGGUGUUGUUGAAUAUCUAAAAGGUGUUGGUGGUUGCUUCCAUUGCCUAACCUCUAGUCAAAUGAAUUUGAGUAAUAUACUUAUGGUUUUAUUUCAUUAUAA